ACCGGUGUUCGAUAGUUUGGAUCGCCUCCAAGCUUACUUCUUUUACCUACAACAUUUGCUCCUCGUCCUCUCACCAAUAUUUCUUCGAAAGAUAUGUCUCUACAUGACAGAGUUCGUUCCUAAACAGGGCUCACCAUGGGCAUGGAGUACACCAGUAUCGGCUUCGCUAUUGUUCUUGGUAUAGUGUCGUUGGGCUAUAUACUACUUCUUCCUCUAGGAAAAAGGAUUCGUCGGCGCGAUCAAGAGCCUCGUCCAGAUGGCAUUAUAAUAUACGCCAAUCCACAAAAUGCUAAAUUCGAAAUUGUUGCCGUCCACGGCCUAGGCGCCCACCCAGAGCAUACAUGGAAAGGACCCGGAGGUGUCCAUCUACUUCGCGAGCUGCUUAAAGAUAGCUUUCCAGAAGCGAGAAUACUCAGUUUCGCUUAUAACUCCGACUGGCUGGUCAACGCGCCAAUUCAGUCGACAGAGCCGAUUAGCAAAUGGUUACUGGAAGAGCUAACGAAAAAGCGUCAAAGCCCAAGACUUCCCAUUAUCUUCAUGGGACACAGCUUCGGUGGCAUUGUCAUAAAGGAGGCACUAUCUUCAGCCCAGUGCUCAAGGGAGAUUCUUGAAGAUACAUGCGGCAUCAUAUUCCUCGGAACUCCUCACCAAGGCUCAUCAGCGUCUUUCACGGCGGCUAUGCUUGCCUCCUGGACGAGCCUGCUGGGAUCUGACAACACGCUGCUUUUGUCUCUUCAAAGCCAUGGACCAGAUUUAAGCGAUCUUCAAGAUAGGUUCAUGCGUCAAAUCUCAUCGUGCUCACGGGAUGUCCCCGUCGUUUACUUCUAUGAGACCAGACCUACGUACAUAAUGCGGUGGUUUUCUGUUGGGCUUAUUGUCAAUAGGGACUCUGCUUCUGGUUUCUCCGCAAACAAUAUUGAUAUGGACACGAACCAUACAGGGCUGAACAAGUUCCGUGGUUUGGAAGAUACACUGUAUGCGAAACUCAAGGAGAAAAUCCAAGAACUUCGGGCUCCGUCCAAAUUUGAAGUAGCAUAUCGGCAUAUAUGUGAAAAUAUCUACACGAAAGAAAACCUCAAGAUUGAACGGCUAUCAGGCCAGUGUUUGCCGAUGGAUCAAUGCUAUAUCAAUCUUGCGAUUGUGAGAGAUCUUGGAGGCACAUCUGAUGCUCUCGUAAACCAGUCAUUUCAAUUUUCACUCUCGACUCGGUUGCGAGUUGAGACACCGGCCAAGGAGCUUCAGGUCGGGCUUCAUUCACUAUUCGAUCCCCGGAAACAAGGUGAUGGGUCUCAGAAAGCACAGCGGAGGAUACUAAUUCGCGGCAGAGCGGGAGUUGGGAAGACCACGUUGUGUAAAAAGAUUGUGCAUGAAUUUAUUCACAAUCAAAUGUGGACGAGCGAGUUCGAUUACAUAUUUUGGAUACCAUUGCGAAAACUGAACGAAAUCAAGCUGAAAAAGCUGGAUAAGAUGUUUUCACAACUCUAUUUCCAUGACAGAACCGACGGCUCCAUCCUCGCCGAAGCUUUGUGGCACGCGAUAGACACUAAGAAAUAUGAACGUUGUCUGUUUAUCCUUGACGGACUGGAUGAGCUGUCCGAGCUGGUGGAAUCACACCCAACAGUGCUCGGCCUUCUAAGGAAGCCUAACGUCAUUAUCACAACUAGGCCCCAUAAGCAGCUCUCACCGUCCUUAAAGAUUGACCUCGAAUUGGAAACAAUAGGGUUCUACCCAGAUCAAGUUCAAUGCUACCUGGAAAAAGUUGCGGAAGAGCCGUCCGAUGUGCAGGAGAUUAAGUUGUACAUACAAAAGCACCAACUUAUCCAGAGCCUGGUCCGAAUCCCCAUUCAGCUAGAUGCCCUCUGCCAGGCAAAGGACCGAAUAACCAAAGGUCCUAGCCCGGACACUAUGACAACCAUCUACGAAGCUAUCACGCAGCACCUAUGGGAAAAGGAUAUCGAGCGACUAGAAAGGGAAAGCAAAAAUUACGUCAAUGGCGCUUCCGAAACGGAAAUUUACGAGCGUAUCAAACCUGAAGCCGAAUACCUCGAACACCUCGCCUUCAACGGAAUGUGCAAUGAUGUAGUAGAGUUUCGCCCACAGCAUCGAGACAAGGUCCGCACGUACAUUGCACUUAGUGAUUCGAAGUUUCCGUUAAAUGAACGGCUUGGUCGCCUUUCGUUUCUACGACCCUCACGCUACUUUAAUACUGAAAAAUCGAAGCAAAACUAUCACUUCUUGCACCUGACAUUCCAGGAGUUUUUUGCUGCGAAGUACAUAGUGCGGAAGUGGAAAUCCGGGAUCCUCGAAUGUCUAGACUUUCAGGAUUUAGAAAGAAGUCCUUCAAAGAUUAGCCCCAGGGAUUUUAUCCGAGAGAACAAGUACGAUGCACGCUUUGACAUAGUAUGGCGCUUCACUGCAGGCUUGCUCAGGGGCGAGGGAUUACAGCACUUUUUCGAUUUAAUCGAACAAGAACCUCGUGAUAUUUUAGGGCCUGUGCACCAGCGACUAGUCAUGCAUUGCUUGAGCGAAACGGGAGAUUCGACCGAUUUGCAAUCUCGACCGGAGCUGGAAGAGAAGCUAAGACAGUGGCUACUUUUCGAGGUGGAUCACAAUCGUUUUCCAUCCUUACAUACAGAACCUGAGUUUCCAGAUCGUGCACUCAUUGCUGAUUUAAAGAUGGAAGGUUCUACGGAGCAAAAAAAGAUAAUUCUAAAUGCACUUGCUUAUGGGCGGAAGGUGCCCUUUUCCACGGCGGUAGUCGCAGCUUUGGAAGAAUUAAUUACAUACGGAGACGAGGAUAUCAGGGAUACUUCCAUUGAAGCUCUUCGGAAUCAAUCGAACUUAUCAGAACAGACUAUAGCUCGUCUUAUGCUAAUACUAACGAAGGGAGACAUAUAUAAACGGAAUGCAGACCAUAUCUCCCAAGUCAUAGCAGCGCAAUCAAAUAUACCAGGCGAAACUAUCGCAAAAUUGGUGGAAAUAGUACAAGAUGAAUAUGAGCCUGUCGCAUAUGCCGCUGCUACUGCUCUAGUAAAUCAAUCAGACUUACCCGAGGAAUUUGUCGCAACCUUGGUCGAAUCGAUCCAAAACGCUGGCUGGAAAACGAAAAAUGCUAUUUCCGAGGUCUUAAGAAACCAAAGAAACCUGUCAAGAGAAACAAUCAGAACUCUCACGACAAUGGUGGUAUCGAGGGAAACCUGGAUCCACGAGAAAGCUAUAUAUAGCAUGGCUAGAAAUUCAGAUUUACCGGAAAAAACUAUUCAAACCCUUGUGCAACUGCUAGUUAACACGCCUUGGGACGUUCAAAUAACGGCUGCGGAAGCCUUAGCCUACCAAACAAGCCUGUCGAAAGAAACGAAAAGGAGUCUUAAAGAGCUGACGGAAAGUCCCGAUCCACUCCAGCAAUAUAUCGCUGCUAUAGCGUUUAAAACCCAAUCUAUUUUGUCGGAACAAACUAUUACAGCUCUUCUAACCCUUAUAGAAUAUAAAACCCGCACCACAAGACGUUAUGCUAUCGAAGCUUUAGAAGAGCAAUCGAGCCUAUCGGAAAACGCGAUACUAGCCCUCAUAAAAUUACUCCCAAAGACAAAAGACAACAGAGGAGAUGUCCUGCUUAUAAUAGAAGACCACUUGAAAUUUUCAGAGAUUAUCACUCCAGGUCUCGUACAACUAUUGGAGGAUGAAAACCCCAAAGCUCAACACGCGGCCAUACAUAUCUUGAAGUCAAAUGGCAGUACGGAUUUGCCGGGACCUAUCAUCAGAGCUUUGGUAACAUUGCUCCUCAGCGAAAAUAGAAAGAUCCUCUCAGAUGUCACUUUUCUUUUACGAUCCCAAAGGGACUUUUCAAAGGAGACAAUUGCAAUCAUAAGUGGAUUUCUUGAUGACGCAAACGAAUAUGUCCGCUACGAAGUAGCUUUCCUCUUGAGUAGGCAAUCGAACCUACUAGAGACGGAUGUGCCGCGUAUUUUAGCAUUGUUGAGAGCCAACUAUGAGACACAUCCAACAGACGUUACAACGGCCAUUGCAUCAAUGCUCAAAGAUAAGGAAGGGGAUAUUCGGUCUGAGGUUGAUGUGAUGUUGCAGGAACUGCAAAGCCUGAUAAAGGCACAGCUUCUCGCAGGUGAUGUUGGUACGAUUCUAUACGAGACCUACCCCGUCAUGUCAAGAAUGCCGAAGUUGCCCUAUGAUGUUGCGAUAUCCUUCAUAACCAUACUCACAAAUUUAGAAAGUCGAUACCGAAAUGAAUUUCCAGCAAAAAUAGCAAAUUACCACCCAAGUUGUGCAGAAAAAGUCCUUGACGCUUUGGGGGUUUCAGUGGAAAUCAAAGAAGCAAUCGGACGGACAAAAAUUCCUCGCAUUCCUCACCAGUAUAUACGGUCUCUCUAUGGGAUUUUAUUGCGUCGCAGUUUCGUGAAUCACAUUUGGAUGGAAAUCAAAGAUAACUCAAUAUUGCGUAUCCAUUCACCGCAUGGAACACGAACAGCGCUUUUGGACAUUCAAUGCGACGAUCCGGUAUUAUCAGAUUGGCGGCGGUGGUGGGGGGCUCCAGAAUUCUAAAGGUGUCACGUCGCAGAGCAUGCAGUAGGUAAAACAACUUUGUUGUUCCGCAAGGAACUCUAACUACAGUUGCAUUGAAGCCAAAGCUAUAUACAAAAUAUCUCCUUUGUUCCAAGGAGUCUCAAGUGAGACUCCUUACAAAAGGGAU